AUGGCAGCUAUUGUUCCACCUGUAGAUUCUGGAAGCACUCCUAGUACCUCUAUUGCUACACUCACAGAGAAAUUUCAGAAGUUCAUUGCCUCGCAGCCACACGCCAUGUCAGCCUCCUCACACAUAGGUUUGCCUUCUAGUAGUACACUAGGUAUAUCUUCCUCUAUAUGGGUUCUUGAUUCUGGAGCUUCACAUCAUAUGUCACCUAAUUCCAAUUCCUUCUUUUCCAUUAAAUCAGCACCCUCUGUAUCUGUCAUGACCGCUGAUGGCACUCCCAUGCCAUUAGCAGGGAUUGGCUCGAUUUGCACUCCAAAAAUGUCAUUCUCUAAUGAUCCUUAUUCCAAGAAGCUGAUUGGGACAGGCCCUUCUAGUGUCGAUUUGUCUUCAUUCCGUUUAAGUUCGUCUUCGUCUAGUUUUUAUUUAUGGCAUUCUCGUCUUGGACAUGUAUCUGGUUCACGUUUAAAGUACUUAGCUUCCACAGAAGCAUUAGGAAAGUUACAAACCCAUGAUAUUUCAGAUUGUUGUGGUUGCAAAUUGGCAAAAUUUUCUGCUUUACCUUUUUAUAAGAGUGUUUCUGUUUCUCUUGUACCUUUUGAUUUGAUUCACUCUGAUGUGUGGGGGCCAUCACCCGUUCUAACAAAAGGUGGAUCACAUGGUACCUUACAUCAAACCUCUUGUAUCGAUACACCAGAGCAAAAUGGGGUUGCCGAAAGAAAACACAGACACAUUGUUGAAACUGCUCGUUCUCUCUUAUUGUCUGCUUAUGUUCCUAGUGAGUUUUGGGGGGAAGCCAUUCUGACUGCAGUUCAUUCUAUCAAUAGAAUUCUGUCAUCUGUCACUUCAGGUCUGUCUCCCUUUGAAAAACUUUAUGGUCACGCUCCUGAUUAUUCUUCAUUGAGAAUCUUUGGUUCCACAUGUUUUGUUCUCCGUCCUCAUGUUGAACGUAGUAAGCUUACCUCUCGUUCUGCUCUUUAUGUAUUUCUUGGUUAUGGUGAAUUUCAAAAAGGAUAUCGAUGUUAUGAUCCUGUUAGUCAAAAACUCUAUGUUUCUCGUCAUGUUGUGUUUCUUGAGCAUAUACCUUUCUACUCUAUUCCAUUGGACACCCCCAAUCUACACAAAUCUGAUCUCACUCGUAUUGAUCCAUUUGAUUCUUGUACUGUUGAUACUCUUAACUCUGCAGAUGUCGGUUCUCAGCCUGUCGAAGUCCCUUCUGUCCCUACUACUGCCCAAGAUGCUUCUGAGAUUGUGGAUCCUGCUCCUCCUCCUCGCUACCCUCAAAGAAUUCGUAAGUCCACACAGUUACUUGAUUUUGUCUACUCCACUUAUUCUGAUUCUUUUUCUUCUUUUUUGACUUCUAUUCACCAACUCUCUGAGCCCUCUUCCUAUAAAGAUGUUAUUCUUUACCCUCUUUGGCAGUAG